AAUUGAACGGCAAUACUUUUCUCCUCUUUUUCUUUCACGCUAAUCGUGUUCCUUCAUCAUCUACGAUCCUAAUCUCUGUCGUUCUUAUUCAUAAAACAAACAGGGAAUUCAAUCGUUUCAAUCGGUUUAGUUUCAAGCCGGUUGGAAAGAACUGGCGUCCGUUUUCACUUAGAGCAUGCAUGAAAGAAAGUGUGACCGUAACUGUUAAACCUGGAACUUCACUCCAGAUAACAGUCGUUGCUGUGGAGGGACAGCGCACUGGUGUCACUUUGGUGGAUGUGACACCCCAUGGUUUCGGAGUGGAAAAACCUGAUGGAUCUGGGUCUAAUGUAAGCAAGGAAAGCACUGAUCCAAAUAAAGAUCUGGAAGCUGCUAUUCGUUCAAAAAAACCGAAGCUCUACGGAAGCGUUGAUGCUUUCUUUGACCGAGAUUUUCUGAAGAUAUAUUUGAAAAACAGCCUAAAUGAGGACAAGAAGAAGCCAGUAGAUAUAAUUGACAUUGCUUCAAAGAUUCUACCUUUCCCAGCUGAACGCCGCCUCCUUUCUGCUGCUUUCAAAGUUGCGAAACCAUUUGCUGGACACUUUGCUAAACAGGCCUUUCUUUUCAUUCUCGAAAUAAUACCUCCUAACCUCCCAACACUACCUGCUGCGGAAUCUGAGAAUCACCCCGAUGAAUCUGAGAAUCACCCCACACUUUCAGAAGGUAAAGAUCACUCUGAUGAACCCAAAGGUUGACCUGUGGUUAUGAUCGGGCUGUAGGGGCUGCCGGUGUCAGUUGAAAGCGCCGGUGAAUGACGGCUUGGGGGUUUUGGUCGAAACAACCAUGUGGAAAUCUAGCCAAGUGUGUAUACACUUGAGGGAUGAUUGUGAGCUGAGUUGAAAGAGGUCAAAGAUGAUGUGUUUCAAGGUGACGACGGCUACCCACUUAAAGCAUGCUACCCACUGAUGUUACAUGUGUUCUUCAAAUUCUUAGAG